UCUUCGCGUAACUGAGGGAGGUGAAGCCAGGGUGAGGGAGGGGGGAGGAAAAUGGCGGAUCAAAUCCCUCUGCACCCGGUUCCGCGUAGCACCCAGCGGAGGGCAGCGUAUUAUACCAACGCCUCAGCCGCGCAGAGGCGUAGCAGGUACCAGGUAGAAGAUGAAUCUUCUCAUUUGGAUGAAAUGCCCUUAAUGAUGUCAGAAGAAGGCUUUGAAAAUGAUGAAAGUGAUUACCAUACUUUACCAAGAGCCAGAAUUUCUCAGAAGAAAAGAGGUUUAGAAUGGUUUGUCUGUGGUGGCUGGAAAUUUCUCUGUACCAGUUGCUGUGAUUGGCUCAUAAACAUUUUCCGGAGAAAGAAAGAACUCAAAGCACGCACAGUAUGGCUUGGAUGUCCUGAAAAAUGUGAAGAAAAAUAUCCAAGAAAUGCUAUAAAAAAUCAAAAAUACAAUAUCUUUACAUUUAUACCUGGGGUUUUAUAUGAACAAUUCAAGUUUUUCUUGAACCUUUAUUUUCUCGUUGUCUCCUGCUCACAGUUUGUACCAGCGCUGAAAAUAGGCUACCUCUACACCUAUUGGGCUCCUCUGGGAUUUGUUUUGGCUGUCACAGUGCUGCGGGAAGCAGUUGAUGAAUUUCGUCGUUACCAGCGAGACAAGGAAAUGAAUUCUCAGUUAUAUAGCAAGCUUACAAUACGAGGCAAAGUGCAAGUUAAAAGUUCAGACAUUCAAGUUGGAGACCUCAUCAUUGUGGAAAAGAAUCAACGAAUCCCAUCUGACAUGGUGUUUCUGAGAACUUCAGAAAAAACAGAAAUGUCUCAGAAUAGGUCAGGUUCAUGUUUUAUCCGAACUGAUCAGCUAGAUGGUGAAACAGACUGGAAACUAAAAGUUGCUGUUAGUUGCACACAGAGAUUACCAGCUUUAGGGGAUCUUUUUUCAAUCAGUGCAUAUGUGUAUGCUCAGAAGCCACAAAUGGAUAUUCACAGCUUUGAGGGUACCUUCACACGGGAAGACAGUGAUCCAGCUGUUCAUGAAAGCCUGAGCAUAGAGAAUACAUUAUGGGCCAGCACUGUUGUUGCCUCAGGAACAGUAAUUGGUGUUGUUAUUUACACUGGAAAAGAGACUCGAAGUGUAAUGAACACCUCCAAUCCAAAGAAUAAGGUUGGUUUGCUGGACCUUGAACUGAAUCAGCUGACCAAAGCACUGUUCUUGGCUUUAGUUGCACUUUCAAUUGUUAUGGUCACUUUGCAAGGAUUUGUGGGGCCGUGGUACCGCAACCUGUUUCGGUUUCUCCUCCUUUUUUCUUACAUAAUCCCAAUCAGUUUACGUGUGAACUUAGAUAUGGGCAAAGCAGCCUAUGGAUGGAUGAUAAUGAAGGAUGACAAUAUUCCUGGAACAGUUGUCCGGACCAGCACCAUACCUGAAGAACUGGGACGUUUGGUAUAUCUACUGACGGAUAAAACAGGUACACUGACCCAGAAUGAGAUGAUAUUUAAGCGCCUCCACUUAGGCACUGUGUCAUAUGGAACAGACACAAUGGAUGAAAUUCAAAAUCAUAUCAUCAAUUCCUACUCCCAGAUGCAUUCCCAAUCUAGUGGAAACAAUGUCAGCUCAACACCUUCCAGAAAGAUGCAGUCUUCUGCCCCUAAGGUCCGCAAAACUGUCAGCAGUCGAAUACAUGAGGCAGUAAAGGCUAUUGCAUUGUGUCACAAUGUUACACCUGUGUAUGAAUCCCGAACAGGAGUGACUGGAGAAACAGAAUAUGCAGAAGUAGAUCAGGAUUUCAGUGAUGAAAACAGAACUUAUCAAGCGUCUAGCCCUGAUGAGGUUGCUCUGGUGCAAUGGACUGAAAGUGUUGGUCUUACUUUGGUGAACAGGGAUUUGACUUCAAUGCAGCUGAAAACCCCCAGUGGACAGAUUCUGACAUACUAUAUUCUGCAAAUUUUCCCUUUUACCUCAGAGAGCAAACGAAUGGGAAUCAUAGUGAGGGAUGAAUCUACAGGUGAAAUCACCUUUUACAUGAAAGGUGCAGAUGUUGCAAUGUCUUCCAUCGUUCAGUAUAAUGACUGGCUAGAAGAAGAGUGUGGUAAUAUGGCAAGAGAAGGACUGCGCACUCUGGUUGUUGCCAAAAAAUCAUUAACAGAAGAACAGUACCAGGAUUUUGAGAAUAGAUACAACCAAGCAAAAUUAAGUAUACAUGACAGAACCCUUAAGGUGGCCGCAGUUGUGGAGAGUUUGGAAAGAGAAAUGGAAUUGUUAUGUCUCACUGGAGUUGAAGAUCAGCUACAAGCUGAUGUUCGGCCUACUCUGGAGAUGCUACGAAAUGCUGGAAUAAAGAUAUGGAUGCUAACAGGAGAUAAAUUAGAGACUGCCACUUGUAUUGCAAAAAGCUCCCACUUAGUAUCCAGAGCACAGGAUAUUCAUAUCUUCAGACCUGUAACAAAUCGUGGAGAAGCUCAUUUGGAGCUAAACGCAUUCAGAAGAAAACAUGACUGUGCUUUGGUAAUAUCUGGGGACUCUCUGGAGGUCUGUCUGAAGUACUACGAGCAUGAAUUUGUAGAGCUCGCAUGUCAGUGUCCGGCUGUAGUAUGUUGCCGAUGUUCUCCCACACAAAAAGCCCAUAUUGUAAAAUUGUUGCAGCAACACACAGGAAAACGUACCUGUGCCAUAGGUGAUGGAGGAAAUGAUGUCAGUAUGAUCCAGGCAGCAGACUGUGGAAUUGGAAUUGAAGGAAAGGAAGGGAAACAAGCUUCCUUGGCUGCUGAUUUUUCCAUUACACAGUUUAAGCAUAUUGGCAGGUUGUUGAUGGUACAUGGUCGAAAUAGUUAUAAAAGAUCAGCAGCACUUGGUCAGUUUGUCAUGCACAGAGGCCUUAUUAUUUCAACUAUGCAGGCUGUGUUUUCUUCAGUCUUCUAUUUUGCAUCUGUUCCUCUAUACCAGGGUUUCCUAAUGGUAGGGUAUGCAACCAUAUACACUAUGUUUCCAGUCUUCUCCUUAGUGUUGGAUCAGGAUGUGAAACCAGAAAUGGCACUGCUAUAUCCAGAACUUUACAAAGACCUUACUAAGGGAAGAUCCUUGUCAUUUAAGACCUUCCUCAUCUGGGUUUUGAUCAGUAUUUAUCAAGGUGGCAUUCUGAUGUAUGGAGCUCUUUUGCUUUUUGAAUCUGAAUUUGUCCACGUUGUUGCCAUUUCCUUCACUGCACUAAUCCUGACUGAACUCCUGAUGGUUGCACUUACCAUACGAACAUGGCACUGGUUAAUGGUGGUGGCUGAAGUCUUCAGUCUCUGCUGCUAUGUGGCCUCUCUUGCAUUUCUAAAUGAAUAUUUUGGUAUAGGCAGAGUGUCUUUUGGAGCUUUCUUAGAUGUUGCCUUUAUCACAACUGUGACCUUCCUGUGGAAAGUGUCAGCCAUCACCGUAGUAAGCUGUCUUCCACUUUAUAUUCUGAAGUACUUAAAACGUAAAUUUUCUCCUCCAAGCUACUCCAAACUUACCUCGUAAAAGUGACUAAACACCUGUGUGACUAAACACCAAUGUGACUCUAGUUAAAAAUUGCUUGAAACAUAUUCAUUCCACUUUAGUCUGUGAUAAGUUAAGGAAGAAAAAAUGAUAAGUAAAAUGGAGCAAGCAGAGCACAAAGAAGACGAAAGCCUUGACGGAUGUAACAAUGAACUUUAAUAGCAGAGCCAUCCAGAUCAUCCAGAUUUCAUUUUGUAUGUGGCUUUUAAAAGCAUCUGAGUUAACAGUGCUUCUGAAUUAUUUAACUGCUUCUAUAAAGGAUUUAUUCCUACUGCACUAUUUUUUGGCACAUAGAACAGAAAAGUUUUUUUUUCCCUGUAAGCUCAUAAUUUCCUGACCAUCAGAUUCUUUCAUAGAAAUGUUCAUUCAUCUUCACAUAAAUGAAGUAUAACAAACCUAGAAACUGUAAAUGCCAUUGUCUGUAUUUGCUGCUAUAUGUAACUCUGAUAUAUGCACUAUAUGAAUUAUGUACAGCUGUCUGCAUAGCACAGUAUUUGUUUAGGAUCUGUGGGUCCUCUUUUUUCCUGUAUUCUCCAUUGCUAGCUGCAUAAGAAAUCAGAAUAUUUGAGCAGCAUUUCAACUGCAAAUGGAGGUCAAGUUGCACAAGAUGUGAUGAAAAUAAUCUUCUGUACAUAAUUUAAUUAUGCCUACUGAUCUGUACAGACUGCUAUAGACUUUACUGUUCAUCAGAUGUUUUAUAAGUUCCUACCUGCUUUGUAUUUGUACAACUUCACUCAAACAGUGUCAGCACAUUCCUGGACAUUUCACAUAGAGGAAUUUACCUUGUAUGGAACAGUCUAGCAACAUGCUACCUUCAUUUUAGUGGAGUUACACACAAGCCCCAUUGAACUGAAUGGAAAUACUGCAGUAGCCAUGCUUAACAGGCCAUGCCCAAAUACCCCAGCCAGUGAUCUGUUCAGGAUGCAGGAGUUCCAGUGCCCACCCAUGCUCAGCUCCCCAUUAAUUUCAACGGAGGGAGCUGAUCCAUGUUUCUUUUUCCCUUUUUUUUUUUUGCAUGCGAACGGACUUUCUUUAGCUUAAAUGAAUGAAGGGCCCCAAGCAUAGUUCAUGUGAACAUAGACAUGGAACUCGAAGUCAGGCAAGUAUGUGCACACCAUGAUCUGUUUCCUUAAGGUUACUCAGGUAAAAAGUGCAGAACGGAUAUAUUAGUAGAAAAUCCAUCAUCUUCCAAAAGAUAAUUUGUGCAUUUCUGAAUUACUCCAAGAAAGGUAAAUGGCACUCUCUGAUCUGAUAGUUAUUUAAAUCUUACGUACUGUACUGUUAUGCAGAAUACACUUUUCUUCCAUAGUACUAUUUCCUUUAUCAAGAAGUACAUAUACCAGGUAUUUCAGCAUAAGUCAGUAAUUAGCUGAAAGAGCAGACAUCCUUUAACCAUGCUUCUUUACUAAAGGAGGAUUUAUUUGUACAUUUUAAGCAGUUAAUACUUGUAUUUUAUAUCAAUAAUACCGUAUUGUUUUGUUAGACUUCUGACAACAGAACUCGUUUUGUAGUUCCGUAGAACCAGCCUCUCAAACCCUUGUUAUUUUCUAAUGAUGCUAAAUGUAACGCUUACAGAAAAAGACUGUUGCCGAACUAUUUGAGCUACAAACCACUCCAUUUGUUUCGAGGCUGAUGUUUAACAGCAGCUGAUUCUUGCUUUAAAACAUUUUUGAACGUCUCUUCAUGAUAAAAGCAAUAAAACCUCAUUUCUACCAGAUAUUCUUGAAAAUUUGUAAAAUAAACAUGUUUGGUAGUGUUUCUUUUA